ACUCAGGUGACACGCGGGUGCUUGCGAUAUAAAGAGGCGCCUUUUAUCAGAUCAUUGGGGACAUAGAGAGAAACAGAGAUGAAAAUAAAUGUAAUUUGCAAAUGAGCUGGGGGACGCACCACAUAAACUAGUUAGGGAGUCGUAACGCCCUGGGACAAGAAGUGUUUAGAAAAAUCCAGCUCGAAACAUCAACCAAGGGACUUUUAAGGAAGCAUCAUGCCUCGUUCACAACUUUUAUUUAUUCUCAUGUGUUGUCUUCCUUUGGCAGCCUGUUUGCGCUGUUACACCUGUAUGUUUCCAUCCAUCUCUCCUCUGGACUGCUUAAAGUUUCCUGUGGAGUGUCCAGCUGGCCAGCGCUGCCUCUCCAGCGUAGCGACAGGAACACGAGGCCCACUACAGCUGACGUUGUACGAAAAAAGCUGCGCAGUUGCCUCCCAGUGCGACGUGAGUGGAGAGAAAUACACGUCAGGGGUCUCCUUCAACUACACCAACGUGUGCUGCGAUACCGACCUGUGCAACGGUGCCGUGUCCGUUACUGCCCCCAGCUUGGUGGGAGUGGUGCUCUGCCUGCUGCCUGCGCUCGGGCUCCUGCUGGCCUGAGCAGCAGACGAGACGAUGCAGUUUUAUCCUCGAUAAAAAAAUUUUAAAAAAAAUGAAACACAUCUGUCACCGACUGAUUUACUAUGAAGAUGUUUUAUUGGGACAUUAAUAAACCCUACUUCGUAAGAUGUUUAAAGUACAAAAUACAUUUCAGCUGCGCUAGUAGUUUGCCUUGAUCGAUGAUUUAAGCCAGCUGAUUGUGUGUCAGCACUUUUACUUUUGAUCAAGUGGACUUUGAAGUUUAGAUGUUUUUGACUACAUGAUGGCAAAAUGAGUGGAAAAAAAAGACAAUAAAAGGCUAAAAUAGCAAAAGAUGGUUAAGAAACAAAGCAAAAAGCAGUUUGGAUAACAACGGACAUGGAUGACAUAUAUAUAUAUAUAU